CGGGUCGCAUGGUCAACUUGUCAAACGCGCAGAACGUUUUCAUAGAUUAGAGAUUUUAUUGUUUUUUUCCCCGGAAUGAAAAACGGAAACAGUCAUUGUUGUAUUGUAGUGCGCUUCUUUAUGCAUUAUCCAAGUUUUUGUUGGACAUAAUGAUUGGAUUAGUUAAGUGUGAUUGCAGUGUAGUUUGUUGAGAUUCUAAAUUUAACAGGAAGAAAAUGUGUAUUCCACUGUACUCUGAAAUCAAUACAGUAAGUGAAUUGGUCUGAUUUAAUCUUCUACCUGUUUUGGACACGAUGAGUCUUGAAGAACAACAUGAUUCCGAAAGCGAAUUCAAAAGAAAGAGAUCAGAGUCGCCUGUGUCCACAUCUACGACAUGUGAACACGCAGAUCUCAGUGAAGGACCAAGUGAUGAAUACAGAAAUAAAAGAGUAAAGACAGAGAGACCAGCUUCUCCCGCACCCAGCUUUCUGUCUUUGAAGUCAGAUUUGUCAAUGGCUCCACCAGAUAACUUUAAAGGAGUAGUGUUCCCUUUAGAUUUCAGAGAAAGACCAGCUUCUCCUACUCCUAGCUAUAUGUCUUUGAGGACAGAUAUGUCAAUAGAUGCACCAAACAACUUCAAAAGAGAACAAACAUUUCAUAUGGAUACAAGAGUUGGGUCAGAGAGAGCCCCUUCACCUACACUUAGCUCUGUUUCUGAAUUGACAGAGUGUUUCGUUGAACGACCAACUAACUUUAAAGCUGAAGAGACGUACCACUUGGGUCCAAGACUGCUGACAGAGAAUUGUUUGAAGUGUCCAGUAUGCAAAUCUAUAUUGAAGGAUCCAGUCUCCAUUCCAUGUGGCCACAAUUUCUGCAGAGACUGUAUUAAUUCAUCCUGGGACAGUGCGGAAGAUUAUGCCUGCCCACAGUGUGAAAGAGGGUACAGAAUAUGUCCAGAGCUUAACACAAACACAGCACUGGCAGAGGUGGUUAAACACCUACAGCAGGCAGGCUUUAGUCCAGCACUUCCACCAUGUUCUUAUGCUGGGCCUGAAGAUGUUGCCUGUGAUCUCUGCUCUGACCAGAGGUUGAAAGCAGUGAAGACCUGUUUAACCUGUGGUGUGUACCUUUGUGAAACUCAUAUAAGAAGCCAUUACACAAUACCAGCACUACAGAAGCACACACUAUCUGAUGUAACUGGUGCAAUGGAGAAGAAACUGUCCACGCAAAACUUGCCAACAGACAACUUCAGCAGCAUCUGUGGAGAGCAGGAAAAAGACAGGAGCAUGUCAGAGUCUGGGCUGAAUACGUCAAUGGCAAAUGAAGAUGCAGGAAUCUCCACACCCGAGACCGACGUUAAGACAAAUCUUGAACUUAUGUACUCCAAACUACAGCAAGAAGUUUUGGGGCUUAAAGAAAGCUUUUCGAAAUUUAAGAAACAUAAUACUAAGACGGAUAAAUAUGUGUGGGAGGGGUCUGAUGAUGAAGAGAGCUACAAAGAUUCUGAUGAAGAGGAGAAUGAAAAUAGUUAUGAUGAGGAAGACAGCUUUAACUAUGAUAUUGAUAAUGACUCUGAAAUGGACAAAUCAGAUGAGUCCAAGUCAGAGAACGAUAAUGAUGAUGAGGAUGAAUACAAUGUAGAUGAAGACAAUGAAUACGACGAAGAGGAAGACCAUUAUGAAUACGAUGAAGAUGAAGACAAUGAUAAUUCUGAUGAGGAAGAUGAAUAUGAUGUAGAUGAAUAUGGUUAUUAAGAUGGAAAUUGUUGCAGAUGCAGUUAUGAUGUACACACUCCCCUGGUCCUGUCCAGCUUCUUGGCUCCGUCAGCUCGACUGUUUUCUCUCAGCUCACUGGCUCAGUCCACUUCAGUCUAUCGUCACCAGUGUUAAUUCUGUUCUACUGCCUUUGUUACUUGUGUUUAACAGAGUUCUUCAUCAUCCCUAGUUUGCUUUAUUAACUAAAUAUAUGUUUAUUUAAACUAUAUUUCGUUACAUGGUUGCCGGGUAUGUUCACCUGUUUCUCAUUUUGUUCUCAAUAUCUUCCGUUUAUUUAUCGCCCUUGUUUUAGUAACCCAUUGGUGUAUAGUGCUUGUGCCUAUGUUUAAAGUCGCCAUGAAACGGAAGUUGCGAUUGACUUCUUUUCCGAAUCGUGACGUGUAUCCGAGUGAAACGGCUUCUGAAAUUAGAAAAAAGUAGAGCGGGGCUUUAUUUUGACCUUACCUUUUUGAUGGUUUGUUGUAAUUUGGGUCUGCAGGGGAGGGCUAAAAAUGCCUGGCCAUUGGACAGUCAGUAUAGUCCUACCUCUUUUUUGUUGCUGACGUCAUGUGGUGAAGAGAUGUUGUUGAGUGGGGGGAGGAGCUUAACGUUUUUGAUUAAAGAUUACAAGUGCAAAUGAAUAAAAAAAAAUGGUGUGCACGGAUAAAUCAUUUAUAAUAAUCACUGCAACACUGUGUAAAACACUUAUAAAUGUCCUGCUUGAUUGCAUGGUGACUUUAAGUGUCAUGUAUGUUACUUUUCUCUGAGUAUAUUGAUUUCCGUUAUUAAAGAGUAUUUUAGUUA